GAAACUUUUCUUGCAGCUAGUUACUGGGAUCAUUUUUAAGCAAAAUGCCUUUUUCGUCUUUUACAUUAACUAUCACUUUUGCACACUUGUCUUUUUAAAUAAAAUACCGAGAUAAUUUUGUGAUAGAUAUCCUGAUAUCUAUAUCUAUAUUAUUCCUUCUUCCUCCCUUUCUCCUCCCCGUAAAUCAAUUUUCAAAUGAUGGCAAUGGAAGGUUUUUCUGGAAAAAAAUAAAUGAAGUGCGGUUUGGUUUCCUUGUCAACGGAGGAUGAAGUGAACAGCACUGCAGCUCGCAGAGAGCAGCUGCUCUUGGUUGGGUGAUGUCUACCAGCAAUGUGGACCUGAAUGCAACAUAUGGAUUAAAACAAAGUGAGCCAAACAUGACUGGCAAAACACAGACCAGCAACGUGACCAACAAGAAUGACCCCAAGUCCAUCAACUCCAGGGUUUUCAUUGGCAACUUAAAUACAGCCAUUGUCAAGAAAGUCGACAUUGAAGCAAUAUUUUCAAAGUACGGAAAAAUAGUUGGAUGCUCUGUUCACAAAGGUUAUGCGUUUGUCCAGUACAUGAGUGAACGGCAUGCAAGAGCUGCAGUGGCUGGAGAAAAUGCCAGGAUCAUCGCAGGCCAGCCUCUUGAUAUUAACAUGGCAGGGGAACCCAAACCAUAUAGACCCAAGCCUGGAAACAAGAGGCCCCUGUCUGCACUCUAUAGACUUGAAUCAAAAGAGCCAUUUCUGUCUGUGGGUGGUUAUGUCUUUGACUAUGAUUACUACAGAGAUGAUUUCUACAAUCGAUUGUUUGAUUACCAUGGGCGUGUGCCUCCACCUCCCCGUGCUGUCAUCCCACUGAAACGACCCAGAGUGGCUGUCACCACCACACGCAGGGGGAAAGGCGUGUUUUCAAUGAAAGGAGGAGCCAGAUCUACUGCCAGUGGAUCAUCUUCAUCAGGCUCUAAGUUGAAAUCCGAUGAGCUACAGACAAUCAAGAAAGAAUUAACCCAGAUCAAAACUAAGAUUGACUCCUUGCUAGGACGCCUGGAAAAGAUUGAGAAGCAGCAGAAGGCAGAGGCAGAAGCUCAGAAGAAGCAAUUGGAAGAGAGUAUAGAGCUGAUCCAAGACGAGUGUGUGUCAGAGAAUGCAGACCACUCCACAGAGGAGCCUGCUGAAGGAGGGCAAGAGGCGGAUGGAGGAGAGAUGACUGAUGGGAUAGAGGAGGACUUCGAUGAAGAUGGGGGUCACGAGCUGUUUCUACAGAUAAAGUGAUCUGAAGAAGGUACAAUGGCACAAAAUCAGAAAAAAGAAACUGUGACAACCCCCAGAAAUGUGAAAAGCAACGGUUUCUUACUGGAUAACAGCAUCUUUGAUUCAAUUUAUAUAAAAUCCCUGACACAUAAAAGGGACAUUAUUGUUCAAUUUUAGAAAUUCCAUUUCUUCUGUGUUUCAAGCUGUACAGUGGUCAAGUUUCUAUGGUUUAAAUUGUAAAUGUGUUUCCCCUCCUGCUAAUUAUGUUUUUUUAAGUCUUAAAUUGUGAAGGACAUUUAUGAAUGGUAAGAGAGACACUGUAUACAAAUGUAUAUUUGUAAAAGCUAUUUUUAUGAUUAGCAUGUGUCAUUGUUGAUCACAUAUAUAAAGUGAAGUGAUAUUGAUAUUCUACAUUUAAAGCUUUUUUUUUCCAAUGUCAUGUAAGAAAAGAUACAUUGUAUGCUAGCUUUUAUAAUUUAUUUUCAAUAUAGUUUAAAGUACUUUAGGCCAUAAGGAAAAAAUGUACUUGAAAAAGUUAUAUUUCUGCCCUCUAUAAGCACCAUUUUAUUAAUAAAGAAUGCAACUACUCCAGACAUGAUGUAACAGUUAAAGGACUUUGGUUUGACUUGUGACUAAUUUGAGCAUGCUCAGCUCUAGUGAACUGAAAUGAAACAAUUAUGAUCUAGUACUUCAGUCUGACGAUAAGAUUCUGUGGACAGGCCUCAGCACUCAAGCAGGCAGAAGUCGAGUGAUAAGGAAAACAUUGUCUUGUCCCUGGAUCCAAAAGUUUCGGUUUGUGCACACGUCACUUCCUCUCAUCUUCUAGUCCCCGGAACCCUCCAUCUCCAAGCAUCGCAAGUGUUCUCCAAGUACUCCUAGCUAUUGUCUUGUGCUGUGGACAUGGAAGAAACCGUCUCCGCACAGCGUAGGAGAAUUCAGCAUAUAAUUUCUUAAUAAACACUGGUUCUUUUAAAACAAA